AUGGCUAGUAAAAGAGUAAUCAUUAAUCUAUCACAAAACAAAAAGGUAAAUGGAGAUACUAAUAAUACUGCUACUUAUUAUGAUUCUGCCACUCGUAGGAAAAUUAAAGUCACAAAAUCUAAUUACCCUCUUGGAUCUGAUUUCCUCAAGUACACUCACGUGGACAGCGUUUCUAAUGGAGGACAAUUCACACUAAAGGAAGUACUAGAUGAUAGUGGUAAAAAAAUAAAUACUUCUGGACUUAAAGGUGUAGAAAAGGUAACCUCCGUUUCUGCUUAUUACUGGAAGCACGAAGUGGGUCCUGACAAGAAACCUGGGAAUGUUCUCAUAGUUGAAGUGGUAAAGAAGGGCCAUCCUAAGAAUGAAACUAAGUAUUAUACCAAGAGCAGUGGCACUCCUAAAUGGUAUCCAAUCAACGGAAGGUCAAAACCUCAACAACUAGAUGAUAAUACCCUCAGGGAGAAACUUGACGACCUUAACUGCAAACGUAACAACGCAGUUACCAUAGAUCUUACCAAUACUCAUGCUAAGCCUGGACACUCGUACUGCUGUUACAAGCACGUUAGUGAAAAGAGGGUUUCCGUUACUAGCAAUAAAGUUUCCUGUUCGACACAUAAUGGCUCUGCUCCAUUCUUCAAACAUGAAUUUACUUCUGGUAGUGGAGUUCAAUUAGCAGCUAUCAAGUAUUAUGGUGUUAAUACUCCCAGGAAGAGAAUAGCCGUUACUGACCUUAAAUUGCCUACCAAACAAUCAGUAAAAGUCGCAGUUUAUGCAUUUUACUCGUCGGAUUAUGUUCCAGUUUUCAUAUAUGUAGAUUCAACUGGGACAAAGUCUAAUGUUACCGGUUGGUUCCAGAAAGGUAAUGGUAAUAGUAAUGGCAAUGAAGAGUGGACACAAGUAAAGGGUCUCAAUAACAUAACACCAGGAGAUUUAGGGAAGAUUGACUGUAAGGAUAAUGGCAACUUUAAAGAACUUGUGACGGAACUAACCAAACUUGGAUGUGACAAAUUGGAAGAAUGUACUCAAAAGCCUAAAGCUGCUGUUCUUCAACCUUCUGAUCCUCCUCCUGUUUCUGCUCCUCUUAAAUCUCAUGUUGUUAGUAAUAGUGAAGUUGCUGAACCUGCCCAAACUCAACAUCAAGAAGAAUCUGAAACUGCUGAUAGUAGAGAAACUACUGCUGUUGAUCAGCCUCUUGCUCUUCAAGUUCAAGUUCAUGACGCUUUUCCUUGGGGUAUAGAGAAUAUUCUUGGAGCUUUUGUCGGCGUUUUUACAGCUUCCUGUAUAACUACUUUUGCAUCAUGGAAACUUUAUAAGGCCUACCAAAAUUACUCUGACCCUUGGGUUCGGCAGAUCUGA